CCACGACGUAAAACUCCCCUAGCACGCAGCCGGUCCCGUCGCCGAAAGUUAUUAGGCUCUGAGAAUGCACUUUACACAAAAGCCAACCGCGCAAUCUCCAGCAAUGACUACAAUCAGCCUUUCGACUUUCAUCUCGACGGCCAUCGCAGGUCUGGCAGCAGCUCCCGGCGUCAUGACGCUCGGCGUGCCUGCCUCCCCGCUUCACACUAGCAUCCUGCCACCUCAGCCGGAGCACAUCCAAGUCUUUUGCCGCAACGAGACUGAAAUUCCAAUCUUUACAUAUGGCGACCACGACAAUGGCGGACCCGGCUUGCUCAUCUGGAACUACGACCCAUACCCUCAUAGCGGCAUCGGUGGAACAAUGUUCUUGCUGUACGAGAGCAACCACGACCUCGUGCCGUACAAGUUCUCCCAAGGCCGAAGACGCACCGAGGCUCAUUUGCUGACGGGCCAAAUCCAAUGGAUCCCACCUUGGUCCUCUGCAUUCAUCACAGUCUGCCCUACUUUCGAAGGUCGCGUCGUGCGCGGAGAUUGGAGCUACUUUGACGGGCACAAACACAUGCUCGGCACAUGGGUCGAGGUCGCCUUUACUUCAGACGGCAUGGUCUAUGGCGACAUAUCAUUGCUUGAAGGCAAUGACGGCGCUGCAAUGAUCCAGUCCAUGGACGGCUUCCACAACGCCAAAGGCUUCACGUUUGACCUGCUGGAAAGUGCGCCGCGGGGUGCAUGGGCACAGAAGUCUAGCGGCACAUGGUGCCUCGACAAGAUCAUCGGGCUUGAUGCCAACUAUGCCGCAUGGGCAUGGCAGUCAGAGUUCCUUGAUCCCUGGAACGUCUACCUGACCAACGAGGUCAACCCAGUCAUUGACUCUGUCAAUGGACGGUUUCAAAUCACUUUCUACGAUGGAGCCAUCUGA